AUGUUUAAAUUCAAAAAUAAGUUGAAAUUUGGAACAUCAACUGAAAAACAACAUCAUUCAUCAGAUUCACAAAAUGAUUCAACUGGAGCAAACUCAUCGACAUAUGAAGAUCAUAAUGAUACCACAGAAUCAUCAAUUAGAGAGUCAAAUAACUCAAGAAAAACAGUAUCAAUAGAUAAUUUAACUGAUGAAGUUAAUAAGUUAUCGGUAGACAAUAGCAAUGGAAGACCAAAUUCUUCUCAACAUAGUAGGAAAAGUUCUGAAAGAAGUACUAAACAAGAAAUAAAUUCACAUCAUCAGCAAAAUAAUGGAAAUACAAAUAAUAUUUUACAACCGCCAUCAACUGAUUCCAAUAUCACCUCAAAUUCAUCACAAUACAACAAUUCACCAGCAUCGUCUCAAGCAACCUCUUUAGGUCAAGCAUCAUCAGUAUCAGGGAUUGAGGAUGUUUCAAAUUCCACUUCAAAUAGUUCCUCUCCAGGUUUAUUGACUGUCAAAAUAUAUGGUUCUCAAAAUAUUCAAUUGCCUAUAAAAAUAAAUAAUAAUAAACAAAUAUUACACGCAUUAGCAAUAAAUUCAAAUAACGAAAAUAUUGGACAACAAUUGUUAAAAAAUUUGGAGAAUGUUGCAAAAGAGAAUGAUGCGGAAUAUUUACCUGGCGCUUUAGCCACAAAGCUUUUACCUUCAAUUAUAACUAUACCAAAUGCUGAAAAUUUAGUAAAAUCAUUACUUUAUUUGACUAUAGAGUUUGAUAAUAAUGUAUUGGUAAUUGAACCACAAAAGGGUACGGUCUAUCAAUCUACAUGGAAUCAAGUUGUAUCAUUUGAUGUUACUAAUAAAUCAUCAAAUAGCAAUAUCGAAUCACAAUUUCUCAAUUUGAAUUUAUUUAUUAGAUUACCAAACAUGUUGAUACCCGAUAGUGAGAAAUUGCGUAAUAAUCAACUAUUCACAAAUUAUCAACAGGAUUCAGCUAAUCCUAAUAGAUCAAUGUCAUCUAAUUCUUCAAAUACAUCUGCAUCACCUGUCAAUAUUGGGGAUUUAUUAAUUGGUACCAUUAAAUUACCAUUAAAUCCCAAGUCACACACUCAACAAGUAAGAUUGAUGCAUCAUGAAUAUUUAAAUUUCACUAAUUAUAAUGUGAAUGGAAACAACAAGGAUUCCCACUCAAAAGAAAUGGGUGAAAUAAUGCUUACCAUUGAGUUUAAACCACUUAGUAAAAAGCAUUUAUCAAUUGAAGAUUUUGACCUAUUAAAAGUUAUUGGUAAAGGUUCAUUUGGUAAAGUUAUGCAAGUUGUCAAAAAGGAUACAAAACAAAUUUAUGCUUUAAAGACUUUACGAAAACAACACAUUGUAUCACGAAUGGAAGUAACCCAUACUUUGGCAGAACGAACUGUUUUGGCUAGAAUCAACAAUCCUUUUAUUGUACCGUUAAAAUUUUCAUUCCAAUCUCCUGAAAAAUUAUAUUUGGUUUUAUCAUUCAUAAACGGUGGGGAGUUAUUUUGGCAUCUACAAAGAGAAGGGAAAUUUUCCAUGGACAGAUCAAGAUUUUAUAUAGCUGAAUUAUUAACAGCAUUGGAAAGUUUACAUGAUUUAAAUGUUAUCUAUAGAGAUUUAAAACCAGAAAAUAUUUUAUUAGAUUAUCAAGGACAUAUUGCACUUUGUGAUUUUGGAUUAUGUAAAUUAAAUAUGAGUAAUGAGGAUAAAACGAAUACAUUUUGUGGGACUCCAGAAUAUUUAGCACCAGAAUUAUUAUUGAAUCAAGGUUAUACAAGAAGUGUAGAUUGGUGGACUUUAGGUACUUUAUUAUAUGAAAUGUUAACUGGAUUACCACCAUUUUAUGAUUCAGAUUCUUCAACCAUGUACAAAAAAAUUUUACAAAAUCCUUUAAGGUUCCCACCAUUUUUAGAAGGAACAGACGCUCAAGAUCUUUUAAUUAAAUUAUUACAAAAAGAUCCACUGCAAAGAUUAGAUGAUGCACAAGAAAUAAAAAAUCAUUCAUUUUUUAAAGAUAUAGAUUGGAAUAAAUUAUUAAAUAAAAGUUAUUUACCUCCUUUUAAACCAAAUGUUGAAAAUUUAUUAGAUACUUCAAAUUUUGAUCAAGAUUUUACAAAUGAAAAACCUCAAGAUUCUGUUGUUGAUGAUUUUUUAACUGAAAGUGUUCAAAAACAAUUUGGAGGUUGGACUUAUAAUGGUGACAAUAUGCUUUAG